AUGACUACAAAAGAAAAUACAAAAAAAUUAACUCUUUUUCUUUAUAGAAAUCUUGCAAAACAAACAAGACUUUUCGAUAAAGAACCAAAAUAUAAACAAUACUUUGUUACACCACAAGAACUUAGACAAAAAUUACCAAAGUAUUAUUUACCAAGUUUUCAAUUCAAUUUUAAUUUUAGAGUAUUUUUUAGAAAAAAUUUAGUCGAUCAAGAUGAUGAAAAUGAAAUAAGUAAAUCAUUAUCAAUUGGUUUAAAUGUUUUAAAAAACUUAAAUUUGGCAAGAUAUGCCUAUGAUCAAAGUCAUGGAACUAAUAGUAUAAAUGUUGAAAAUAAUAAUAAUAAUAAUAUAAAUUUAACCUUUUCAAAUAUUCUUGAAAGUUUAAAUAAUAGUUUUAAUUAUAGCAAUAGUAGUAAUAUUAAUAUAAACAAUAAUAAGACUAUUAAUAACAAUAAUAAUAAUAAUAAUAACAAUAAUAAUAAUAAUGGUAAUAAUAGUAUAAAUACUGAUAAUAAUUUUGGAAAAGCUCAAGAGAGUUGUUGGCCAUUAGCAGCUGGCGAUAAAAUAAAACCAGGUACAAUUUUAAUUUCACAUCCAUCAUUAAAGGAUUUUUUUAGAAAGAAAAUUGUAUUGAUUACCCAUGUCGAUGGUGAUAAGCAUUAUGGUUUCGUAAUUAAUAAAUCAAUAUCAGCUGCUCCAGCUAUCACUUAUCUCCAAUUGGAAAGCGACGAAAAUAAUACUGAAAAUCUUAAUCUCUCCAAAAAUAUUCUCAGAUUAGCCAAAUAUGCACAAAAGCGUCCUUUGGCAUCUCUUCAAAAUUGGAUUUUUGGUGGUCCAGAAUCAAUUAAAGAUCAUACUAAACUAUCUACUCUUCAAGGUUUAAGUGGUGCUCAAAUCAUUCAUCCUUAUGCAAAUAUUACUGGUUCAAAAAAACUUAGAAAGGGUUUAUAUAUUGGUGGUAAUUUCAAAGAAAUAAAAGAAAAAAUUAAAAAGGGUGAAGUCGAUUCUAGAAAAUUAAUGAUGUUUGUUGGAUGUACAAUUUGGAAUGAAGGUCAAUUACAAAAAGAAAUUGAUGAAGGUGCUUGGUUCAAAGCAGGUUGUUCAAAUGAUAUUAUUUUUGAAGGUUCAAAAAAUCAAAAUAUUUGGGCUGAAGCAUUAAAAUCAAUGGGAGGCGACUAUGGAAAUUUGGUUUUAAAUUAA